UGCGUCGAGCUCGCCGCGGACCCAAGAUGGCGGCGUGUGGACGUGUACGAAGGAUGUUCCGCUUGUCGGCGGCGCUGCAGCUGCUGCUGCUCGCGGCUGCCGGGGCCGACAAACUCCCGGGUCAGGGCGGCCACAUCCAGGGCCAGGGCCCCGGGGCCAACUUUCUGCCCCUCGUAGGGCAGCCUGGAGGCGGCGGGCCGGCGGGUCAGCCGCUGCUUCAGCUGCCUCAGUCAUCUCAGUUCCAGCAGCAGCAGCAGCAACAGCAACAACAGCAGCAGCAGCAGCAACAGCAGCAGCAGCAGCAGCAGCAACAACCGCCUCAGCAGCAGCAGCCGCCUUUCCCGGCGGGUGGGCCUUCGGCCCGGCGGGGCGGAGCAGGGCCUGGCGGAGCGGGAGGAGGCUGGAAGCUGGCGGAGGAAGAGUCCUGCAGGGAGGACGUGACCCGUGUGUGUCCCAAGCACACCUGGAGCAACAACCUGGCGGUGCUCGAGUGCCUGCAGGACGUGAGGGAGCCUGAAAAUGAAAUUUCUUCAGAUUGCAAUCAUUUGUUGUGGAAUUAUAAGCUGAAUCUAACUACAGAUCCCAAAUUUGAAUCUGUGGCCAGAGAGGUUUGCAAAUCUACCAUAUCAGAGAUCAAAGAGUGUGCUGAUGAACCAGUUGGAAAAGGUUACUUGGUUUCCUGCUUGGUGGAUCACCGAGGCAACAUCACUGAGUACCAGUGUCACCAGUAUAUCACCAAGAUGACAGCCAUCAUUUUCAGUGAUUACCGUCUAAUCUGUGGCUUCAUGGAUGACUGUAAAAAUGAUAUCAACAUUCUGAAAUGUGGCAGCAUUCGGCUUGGAGAAAAGGACGCACAUUCACAGGGUGAGGUGGUAUCAUGCUUGGAGAAAGGCCUGGUGAAGGAAGCAGAAGAAAAAGAUCCCAAGAUUCAAGUCUCUGAACUCUGCAAGAAAGCCAUUCUCCGGGUGGCUGAACUGUCCUCAGAUGACUUUCACUUAGACCGACAUUUAUAUUUUGCCUGCCGAGAUGAUCGGGAGCGUUUUUGUGAAAAUACACAAGCUGGUGAAGGUAGAGUAUAUAAGUGCCUCUUUAACCAUAAAUUUGAAGAAUCCAUGAGUGAAAAAUGUCGAGAAGCACUAACAACCCGCCAAAAACUGAUAGCCCAGGAUUAUAAAGUCAGUUAUUCAUUGGCCAAAUCCUGUAAGAGUGACUUGAAGAAAUACCGGUGCAAUGUGGAAAACCUUCCCCGGUCUCGGGAAGCCAGACUCUCCUACCUUCUGAUGUGUCUGGAGUCAGCUGUGCAUAGAGGGCGACAAGUGAGCAGUGAGUGCCAGGGAGAGAUGUUAGAUUACCGACGCAUGUUGAUGGAAGACUUUUCUUUGAGCCCUGAGAUCAUCCUGAGCUGUCGGGGGGAGAUUGAACACCAUUGUUCUGGAUUACAUCGAAAAGGCCGAACCCUUCAUUGUCUGAUGAAAGUAGUUCGGGGGGAGAAAGGGAACCUUGGAAUGAACUGCCAGCAAGCGCUUCAAACACUGAUUCAGGAGACUGACCCUGGUGCAGAUUACCGCAUUGAUAGAGCUUUGAAUGAAGCUUGUGAAUCUGUAAUACAGACAGCCUGCAAACACAUAAGAUCCGGAGACCCAAUGAUCCUCUCAUGUCUGAUGGAACAUUUAUACACAGAGAAAAUGGUGGAAGAUUGUGAACACCGUCUCUUAGAGCUGCAGUAUUUCAUCUCUCGUGAUUGGAAGCUAGACCCUGUCUUAUACCGCAAAUGCCAGGGAGAUGCAUCUCGUCUUUGCCACACCCAUGGAUGGAAUGAAACCAGUGAACUCAUGCCACCGGGAGCUGUGUUCUCUUGCUUAUACAGACACGCCUACCGCACUGAGGAACAGGGCAGGAGGCUCUCCCGGGAGUGUCGAGCUGAGGUCCAGAGGAUCCUGCACCAGCGGGCCAUGGAUGUGAAGCUGGAUCCUGCCCUCCAAGAUAAGUGCCUGAUUGAUCUGGGGAAGUGGUGCAGCGAGAAAACAGAGACUGGACAGGAGCUUGAGUGCCUCCAGGAUCAUCUUGAUGACUUGGCUGUAGAGUGCAGAGACAUAGUCGGCAACCUCACCGAGUUAGAGUCCGAGGAUAUUCAAAUAGAAGCCUUGCUGAUGAGAGCCUGCGAACCCAUAAUUCAGAACUUCUGCCACGAUGUAGCAGAUAACCAGAUAGACUCUGGGGACCUGAUGGAGUGUCUGAUACAGAACAAACACCAGAAGGAUAUGAAUGAGAAGUGCGCCAUUGGAGUCACCCACUUCCAGCUGGUGCAGAUGAAGGAUUUUCGGUUCUCUUACAAGUUUAAGAUGGCCUGCAAGGAAGAUGUGUUGAAACUUUGCCCCAACAUAAAGAAGAAGGUGGACGUGGUGAUCUGCCUGAGCACCACCGUGCGCAAUGACACUCUCCAGGAAGUCAAGGAACACAGGGUGUCCCUGAAGUGCCGCAAGCAGCUGCGGGUGGAGGAGCUGGAGAUGACAGAGGACAUCCGUCUGGAACCAGAUCUGUAUGAAGCCUGCAAGAGUGACAUCAAGAACCACUGUUCCACCGUGCAAUACGGCAAUGCUCAGAUUAUUGAAUGUCUGAAAGAAAACAAAAAACAGCUGACUGCCCGUUGCCACCAGAAAGUUUUUAAGCUGCAGGAGACAGAGAUGAUGGACCCAGAGCUAGACUAUACACUUAUGAGAGUCUGCAAGCAGAUGAUAAAGAGAUUCUGUCCAGAAGCAGAUUCCAAAACUAUGUUGCAAUGCUUGAAGCAGAAUAAAAACAGUGAAUUGAUGGAUCCCAAAUGCAAACAGAUGAUAACCAAGCGCCAGAUCACCCAGAACACAGAUUACCGCUUAAACCCUGUGCUAAGGAAAGCCUGUAAAGCUGACAUUCCUAAAUUCUGUCAUGGUAUCCUAUCCAAGGCCAAGGAUGAUGCAGAGCUAGAAGGUCAAGUCAUCUCUUGCCUCAAGCUGAGAUACGCUGAUCAGCGCCUUUCUUCAGACUGUGAAGACCAGAUCCGGAUUAUCAUCCAGGAGUCUGCUCUCGAUUACCGACUCGACCCUCAGCUCCAGCUGCACUGCUCAGAUGAGAUUGCCAGCCUGUGUGCCGAAGAAGCAGCAGCCCAGGAGCAGACAGGUCAAGUAGAGGAGUGUCUCAAAGUCAACCUGCUCAAAAUCAAAACAGAAGUGUGUAAAAAGGAAGUGUUAAACAUGCUGAAGGAAAGCAAAGCAGACAUCUUUGUGGACCCAGUUCUUCAUACAGCUUGUGCCCUGGACAUUAAACACCACUGUGCAGCCAUCACCCCUGGCCGAGGGCGUCAAAUGUCUUGCCUUAUGGAGGCUCUGGAGGAUAAGCGGGUGAGGUUACAACCUGAGUGCAAAAAACGCCUCAAUGACCGGAUUGAAAUGUGGAGUUACGCAGCGAAGGUGGCCCCAGCGGAUGGCUUCUCUGACCUCGCCAUGCAAGUGAUGACAUCCCCGUCAAAGAACUACAUUCUCUCUGUGAUCAGUGGGAGCAUCUGCAUACUGUUCCUGAUUGGCCUGAUGUGUGGACGUAUCACUAAGCGAGUGACACGAGAGCUCAAGGACAGGUAGAGCCACCUUGACAACCAGAGGAACGACCUGUCCAGUGCCCAGUUUGUACAGCCCUCCUGUAUAGUGUACCCACACACCUCGUCCUUCUGCGAGGUGACACCAACACCCAUGUUAGAGCAGCAGCAGGUAUCCACUGCAUUGUCCCACCUCAGACCUCGCCCAUGUCCAUGGUAUCCUCCUCCUCGACCAUUUUUGCAGCAGCUGGCCGCUUUGGGUAUUGCCUUUGUUGGCAAACUUGGGUUUACCUGCCCAUAGACAAGUCUCAUACCGAUGGAACUACCAGUACUUCCAGAACCAACUCACCUGACCUGCAACUCAAAUUUUUUUUUUUAAAAAAAAACACCAAAAAAGAAAAAAAAGAAAUUUUUUAAAAAAAAUGUAUAUAGUAACACAUCUCCUCCAGGCUUGAUUUGAGCAAUGGGGUUAUUCUGUGUGAUGGUGUAAAAUGAAGGCAGGACGUUAGCGGGGAAACACACCACCCAAUAUGCUAUAACUGGGAUGUCUUGCUUAUUUCUCAGAAGCACCUUUGGCCCAUUUCAGGGCCAUGGACUUCACCACCUAGUGGGAAACCACUAACCAGCCCACUUUGGGGUCUUGUUUUCUUCUGCUGAAACAGUGAUGCUUUCCAGUUCCCACCCUAGUAGAGCCACUGCUGGUCAAGACCCCAAGGCCAUGGAUAUUUCUGUCAUCUCCUCACCUCAGUGAAGUAGAGCAUGAGCUCCCUAGGCCAAGGGCAGGUGGGUUGGGGAGGGGAUCAAAAAUGUGUGAAGAUGGUAAGUCCACUGAUCUGCACUGAGAGCCUGAACCCUGAGGCCCAAGGCAGUAGGAACACAGUGAUCUUUCCUUCUCCAGGCCAGUGCAGGACUCUUGUCAAGUUCGGAUUGACCCUGCUAGGGUGGCAGUUCCUCCAGAAGUGCUCUGCUUCACCAGGAGGCCGUGACUACAGUGGGAGGGAGCUCAGGGCAGGAAGGAGGAGCAAGGUAUUGAUUGACUUUGCUUUAUUUUUCAGGCACCAAGGCAGGUCAGAGACAAUGGCUUAUAAGGAGUUAGCGUGGUCUCAGGGUGUGACUGGCAAUCCAACCUGAGCUUUCUGCAGGCUCAAGGCCACCUUCCCAGACAGGUUCCUUUAUGCCUCUAUGUGGAGAGGGCAUGGAAAGUUAUUACAUUAAAAGAUGGAGGCCUUUCUCCGUUUUUUCCCUUUCUAUCCAUUUGCUGCGUGCACCCACUGUAGUAGACGUUGGGUAAAUGUACUUUGAUGAUUCAUCAGUCUUUCCCGAAUCUGAGCUUUAUGAAAGUAGUAUUCCUGGCCAACCUCCCUCAUCCCUCCAAUGUAGAGAUGACAGGUUUGGAGGAUAAAAAGACAGCAGUGCAGGCAUCAUGGUUCAACCUGGCACAGCUUGGCUUGAGUGUGGGGCAUGGAGUCCAGUGGCUGCACAAGAGGGCAACGUGUACAGUAGGAGAUAUAUUUAUAUAAUAUAUAUUUUAUUAACCUGUUAGACGUCCACAGAGUAUUAUAAAUCAUGUGCCUAAAACUGUCCACAUAGACCAUGCGCCCUUCCUUGCCCUGCCCCUCUUUGCCACUGUCACAUGUGCUAUGGGACCUACUCAACAUUUGUCUUCCCUGAAAUGUGUUCAGUACAAAGUAGGUCAGUUUGUGGGUCAGUUGAUCCAAAUAACUCCUUGUCUCAUCUGACUGACGUAUAUUUGAAUACUGUGGUUUUUCUCCUUUUUCUUUCUUUUUCCUUUUUGCUGCCCUUCCUGGAGGCAGUGGGUUCCAGAAGCCAGCUGCAUAUCCCCUGCCUAGAGUACAGCAGGUCACCAGAGGGGCUUCUAAGCUGCUUGGUCCCUUCAGUCAUGCUCUUAGUGUCUUCCUGAUUCUCAGCAGCUGUCCUGGGAUUCUUCAGUCUCAUAAAACUUGAAAUUCUUGGGGUUUAAGCACCAACCCCCUACUACCACCCCUGUUGGACUGAGUUGAGCUAGUCUAGAUAGUCCACCUCUAGGGGUUCCUACCUGGAUGGUAGGGGCUUGGGAUUGAGAACUGGGGAUGUCAUCUAAACAGAGGCCUCCACUGACAUGUCUCAUGUGGUUUACAGAAUAGAAUAAAUGUUCCCCAUCUGAAGAGUGUAAAGGUACUAUUCUCCAUCUCUGCAGUCUCCCUCCCAAUAUAUGUAAAACAUCUCUGUAGUUUAAUGUGUUUUGAUACUUUUGUUCUUUCUGAACUGGGAGAUGAUCUCAGUUUCUGCAGCAGAUCUGGAAGUUUGAAAAGGAGUUUGAUUCUCAAAACAUUUGUCACCUUUAGAAAUGAUCCAAAUAGACAUAAAGGAUAAGUCUGCCCAUAUCUUGGAUUGCUCAUUGCUAGAAAGCAUAUCACCUUCCUGCUUAGAUUGCUUUCAUAUGACUGAUUCUUGAGAGUCCCAGGUCGUAUCUUGAGCAGUUUCUGACAUCCAAGGGGCCAAGCAGCACCUGAACCAGUGGCCACGCUCUAUCCAUUCUGUACCUCAUUUGGUGUAACAAAACAGGUGCUGGGGCACCUCUGGCUACUGUCUUCAUAGGUACCUCUUGGGUAAAUCAGCUAGUCAAGAACUAGUCAGGAAGAAGAAACCAUGGCCCUAGUGGAGGAGCUGAUGACGAACUUCGUCCUUUACCUGUUCUCCUGACGUCUAGCCCACGUUCAGUAACAUAAGCAGCAGGUAGGGUUUUUGGCCAAGGCCAAGGCUCCAAGCACUUGCUAAAGAUUACAGUAGCUAGGGAACCCAUCCGGCUUUGUCAGCUCAUUCCAGUGUCUCAGGGACUCAUACUCAGUGUGCUCUACGACACUCCAGAGGCACCAGGAGGUCAGUCUUCGGGCAGGAGGCCCUGCAGUGCAAGGAAUCCAAAGUCUGGGUAGAAUGUCAAGAACAAGGGUGACUGCUCCCUCAAACGGAGCUUCUUGCACACAAGGGUGGCCCUGGGCAUGAGACCUUGACGCGGCUGCAUCCCUGGCCUUCCUCUGCUAUCGCUGCUGUCCCAAGAGAAGACUGCUGGCAAGAUGCACCGAGAUGGAGCCAUAGCACAGGCAUGGGUUCACUCCAGCAGGAAAGCCCUCCUCAGCGUUCCCUAAAAUUGGUACCACUACCAGGCCCAGUUCUGUGGCUCCUGUCAGCUUGUUCUGAGCCAAUGCAUGUUUAGAAGCCAGGGGAAUUCUCGCAUUUAGUGAGCAGGUGUUGACUUGAAUCCAUUGUAGGCCUGUGGCUACCUCAUAUCCUGCACUUACUCUUCUCUGGGUCACUGGGGAGGGAGAGAGAUUCUACUUUCCUAGAAGAUGCGAGAGAAAAUUGCCAUCAGAUUUCGUUUCUCCCCAUUUUCUGAGGUCACAUAAUAGGAGAAUGCAGUGGUAAAGAGGUUGUAGCAUCCAUGUACAUCAGAGUGCUGACUUCCCUCUGCCUUCCCAAGGGAAGAUUCACCCUUGUAUAUGAGUGUGACUUCUGCUCCACCUCUGAGCUAUUGGCGCCGCUUCUUUCUCAAAGAUCCCUACUAGCGUGAGUCACUUGGGGAGGAGGAAAUUGCUUUGUUGGGCCUCUUUAGCUGGUCUCAAGUUCCUCUGAGAAAAGCCUCCGCUUCCCAUUUCUUCCCCUCCCUCACCAAAAAAUAAAUUUUCUCCGUAUAUAAUUUAUUUUAAGCAAGCAAAUAUAGAGUAGGAAGCAGGAAUAAAGACCCUUAUAAGCCAGCCAACAUAACCUGACACAUUCUAACUAAAUUUUGGCCACAGAACAAAAAGAAUAUGGCUUUUUGAAUCAUGUGCAUUUUGGUAUGUUUACUUGUAUUUCACAUUCUUCAGAAUUUGAAAAACCUCAAAGAUUCCUUUUAUUUAUUCUCACCAUUUGGGCAGCACUUAAGUAGUUUUAUAAAAUGCAGCGUUCCAGUGCCCUGAGUUUAACCUGGUCCUUAGGGACACUCCACUCCUGAAUCACCUCUUCCCCACUAGUCUUUGAUUCCCAAAAGGCCUGGAGCCAGAACUGAUGUUCUGGCCUCUCUCUCUCUCACUUGUCUUUGGCUGGUCAUCUCUCCAACUACUCUUCUCUUAGUCCUCCUCUCCACUAGGAUCAGGGUCACGUGUCAGGGCAAUUGAGUUUGAAGCCAAAUCCCCCUUCCUGCUCAGACCUCAGACAACAGAUAAGUCCUCAGCAAACCCAGACUGACUAUUCAAAGUGACAGGCUCUCCGAGCCAAAUAGUGACAUCACUGUGGAGACCAUCUGGAGCACAAAGGUGGGACGGUCUCCUCUGGCUGGUGGUGACAGGAUCCUGACAGUGGUUUCCUCAGCUUCCUCCUUCCCGAGAUCCUCCAGGACUCACAGGUAGGGAUAUUGGGAAGCAUGCAUUGGAGGAAUGUCCCUGAGCAAGGAGAAGAUUCAGAUAGUGCCUCUAUAUUCUGUUUUGCCUUCCCCCCAACAUAGAGUUGACACCUGGACCCCAGAGCCCAGCAAGCCCUAUACCAUGCAUGUGAGGAUGGUUUGAACAGGUCCCCCGGUCAGACUGCAGUGCACUGGAUGGAGGGACCAUAGGAGAGCUGGCUUCCUGAGCCACUUCUCCCAGCACAAGGUUCCCAGGUCAAUUCAAGCAGGAAAACAGACUGUACAACAGAUACUGUGUGAGAUCUUAGGCCUUUAACUGUUUUUUUUUUUUAAGAAAGAAGGAAAAGUAAAAUUAACAAGCCUCUUUUGUAAAUGGUUUUCCUUUCUAUGUAUAAAAUCCCGGCAGUUCCUUGUUUUUACAUGUUCAUGCUGUGUAAUUUUGAGAUGUUACUGAGAUUCUGAACAUAAUGUGCGUUUUUUUUCUGUACAGAUGAAAUGGGAGAAUUUAAUAAAGAGUUUGCAGGUUUUUACUUGUUAAA